AUGGUAAAUUUUCACCCAAAACUUGGCCGCAACGCGCCUACACCACUGCAAUUCCGUCCUUCAGGCGUCGCAACGGCAGCGCCAGGCGCGGGCAAGGGGCUGUAUCUCGUGCACAUGACGUCCGCGCCGCCGGUCGUCGCGUACAAGGGAGGGAUCGCGGGACUCACGGCGACGGCGGUGGCGGAGGACGAGGAGCCUUCCCCCGGCCGGACGCCCCGGGGGAGCGCGGGGGUCAUGGGGGAGAACGCGCGGAAGGGGCGGGGUCCGCGGCAGUUGCGCCCGCGCGCGGACGACCCGCAUGUGCGCGCGUACGCGCAGCACCUGACUUCGCUGCACGAGCGAACUCUCACCUCCGUCGGUGUCGCGUCGAGCAGUAUGGUGUACAGGUAUGACGUGGCACAUGCACAUGAUGACAUGGCAUGUGUACGUUAUGACGUGACAUAUGCUCAUGUGUACGUCUCACCUUCCCUACUCCCUCUUUCCGCGCUUCGUUGCCUAAGUCCUCUCGUUCUCCCCGUCUUUUUUCUCCCUCAUUACUCCCCCCUCAGCUACAAUUUCGCCGCGAACUCAUUCUGCGCGGAACUCACCCCCACAGAGGCGCAGCAGCUGCGCACGCGCCCGGACGUGGGGCGUGUGGCGCGCGGGCGCAAGGUGCGCGCGCUCACUACGUACUCCCCGCGCUUCCUCAAGCUCGGCGCGCCCAAGGGCGCGUGGGAGGCGAACGGGGGGAAGAUGAGCGCGGGGGAGGGCGUGGUGGUGGGGAUUCUCGACACGGGCAUUUGGCCCGAACACCCGUCCUUCGCGAAUCAGGGCUACGGGCCCCCACCCAAGCACUGGAAGGGGGCGUGCACGGGGCUGAAGAAGUGCAACGGCAAGGUGGUGGGCGCGCGACACUUCCUCUCCGCGUACGAGCGCGAGUAUGGCAAGAUCGCGCCGGGGGAGUACCGCUCUGCCAGGGAUGCUGGCGGCCACGGCACUUGGUGUGCGGGAGCGGCGGUGGGCAACAGCGGGGUGGUGCUGACUGAACGGGACGGCACGCCGAUCGGGACGGCCAGUGGCAUGGCGCCACGUGGCAGGCUGGCGGUGUACAAGGCGCUCUGGUACAACGCGUCAGAGGGGUACGGCCACGACUGCGACAUCUUUGCAGCCGUUGAUCAGGCCGUCGCGGACGGUGUGGAUGUGCUCUCCAUGAGCAUCGGGUCGGGCGAAGAUACCUACUUUGGGGACCUGCCUCUGUUGAGAGCAGCUGAGGUAAGACCUGGAUACACUACCACACCUGACACUACCACACCUGACACUACCACACCUGACACUACCACACCUGACACUACCACACCUGACACUACCACACCUGACACUACCACACCUGACACUACCACACCUGACACUACCACACCUGACACUACCACACCUGACACUACCUCGCCUGACACUACCACACCUGACACUACCUCGCCUGACACUACCACACCUGACACUACCUCGCCUGACACUACCACACCUGACACUACCUCGCCUGACACUACCACACCUGACACUACCACACCACUACCACACCUGACACUACCACACCUGACACCCUACCACACCUGA